AUGGCUCCGUAUCUGCCACCAUCACGGACCGUUCCGCUCCACGCCCGACAAGCCGCCUCCGCCGCGACCGCCACCGUGACUGUCACCGUCACCAGCACACCCGACAGCCAUGGAGGCGCGGCAAAUCUGACCGGCGGCGCCAUUGCAGGAAUCGUCAUUGGCUCUGUUGUCGGUGUCCUUCUGCUCAUCUGGGUCGUCCGCUCGUGCUUCAACCUCGGCGGCCCCUCGCCCAAGCCGGAGAUUGACCCGUGGUACGGGCGCCACGAGCCGAAGCACCAUCAUCGUCAUCACCAUCACCGAAGACCGCGCAGCAGCCGACGCUCGCGCUCAUCAAGCUUGACUAUUCCCCCGCCGCCGGUGGUUGUGCGGCAAGAGACCAGAUCGCGCGGUCGCAGGCCGAGUGGAAGCCGAAACGUCUACAUUUGA